UUACGGGCAUCGCGGGAGGACCGUCGUGCGUACGUCGAUUGCGAUCCUCGUGCCGCCGUUUCCUGUCGUCGCCAUUGAACUACGGCCGCCCGCUUUCGCGAAAAAUCAGUUUCUUUUCGUUUUUUUUUUUUUCGCGAGAGAAGAGUGAGAGGCCGUGUGCACGGCGGUACGACCACGGGAUCGAAAAGCUGAGGGAAGAUGAGAGGCGCGUGCGACGGCGGCAUUGCGAGCUUUCUCGCACUGGCGCUCCUCUGUUUAUUCCACACGUCAUGCCUUGUGGACGGACUGUUGAAGUGUUAUUGCGACAUCUGCACGGAGACCAAUCACACGUGCAAGACCGACGGAUAUUGUUUCGCCAGCACCAGCCUGGAGAACGAUGUUCCCACAUACGCACGGAGGUGCGUGAAUAAACAGCUGUCGUCGUCGCAGCCCGAGCCGCUCAUCUUCUGCAUGACGAGCGACUCGCGGAACACGACGUUCGUCAUCGAGUGCUGCAAAGAGGAUUUUUGCAAUCGGGAUCUGAAACCUCCGCUCCACCCAAGCAACAAAGAAGUAUCCUCCGGCGGUAACGACGUGACCUGGGUCACAUGGAAAAUGGCGUUGACGAUAGCGAUGCCGAUAUGCGCGAUCUGCGUGGUCGUGAUGGUGAUUUAUCACAUACACAUGACCAAGAGGGGCCCGGACCGACAUUUCCCGGAUGAUUCGACGGAGGCGCCGGAUCGACCGAUUCUGGGCGCUGUCACCAUUAGAGACAUGCUCGAGAUGACGACCAGCGGCAGUGGCUCAGUAGGCCUGCCGCUUCUGGUACAGCGGAGCAUAGCCCGCCAGAUACAGCUCGUGGAGACGAUCGGGAAGGGUCGUUUCGGCGAGGUCUGGCGUGGCCGUUGGAGGGGCGAGAAUGUCGCCGUGAAGAUCUUCAGCUCCCGGGAGGAGAGAUCCUGGUUCAGGGAGGCUGAAAUUUACCAGACGGUGAUGCUCAGGCACGAUAAUAUCCUCGGAUUCAUCGCCGCCGAUAACAAAGACAACGGCACGUGGACGCAGCUAUGGCUGAUUACCGAUUACCACGAAAAGGGCUCGUUGUUCGAUUAUCUGAACCGAUCGACCGUGGACACGAACGGAAUGAUCCGGAUGGCGUUGUCGAUCGCCACGGGCCUCGCGCAUCUUCAUAUGGAGAUCGUCGGCACCCAGGGCAAGCCAGCGAUCGCGCAUCGGGAUCUGAAAUCGAAGAACAUCCUCGUGAAGACGAAUGGUACAUGCGCGAUCGGGGAUCUCGGAUUGGCCGUCAGGCAUGACGUAAUAACAGACACCGUCGAUAUUCAGCUCAAUAACCGGGUCGGCACCAAGCGGUACAUGGCGCCUGAGGUUCUUGAAGAGACGAUAAACAUGAACCACUUCGAUUCCUUCAAGAGGGCUGACGUCUACGCUCUCGGGCUGAUCCUCUGGGAGAUCGCCAGGCGGUGCAACGUCGGCGGUAUUCACGACGAAUACCAGUUACCGUUCUACGACCUGGUGCCCUCCGAUCCGACGAUCGAGGAGAUGCGCAAGGUCGUAUGCACCGAUCGUCAGAGGCCGUCGAUACCGAAUCGGUGGCAAUCGAUCGAGGCGUUGCAAGUGAUGUCGAAGGUGAUGAAGGAGUGUUGGUACCACAAUGCGGCGGCUCGGCUAACCGCGCUUAGGAUUAAAAAGUCCCUCGGCAACUACGGCGCGAUGGAGGACCUGAAGUAAGGUUAAACGCUGACCUGACAAGCCGUCGCCGGACGGGUACGACACCGAGGGACACCGGGAAUUAUGGAAGUGCUCGAGAAUACGCAUAUGGACGCUCGUGCCGUUAACGCUUAUCGGAAUAUAGAACGUUAAAUGCAGCUUGCCGUCUUACCACGCACGCUAGAGAGAUGAUAGAGAGACAGAAUGAAAGAGAGAGAGAGACUGAAAGGUAGGUGUAGCAAAAGGAAACAGGACACACCGACUCGAAUUCGGGAAAUCUACAAAGAUUCAAAGAGAGCCUAACGGAAAGAUUGGUCGAGAAAUCGAGACACGAGACGUUCCUUUAAUCGCGCGUAUUGACUUCGUUGGGGUCACGACCCAUGUAUCAGCCUGCAUUCGCAAAAUGGCGGCGUGUUGCGAGAAGUUCGAUUUCGAGUUACUGAGGAUUUCUUGGGGGGGCUACUUUUCCAGAGAAUAUUCGGUGGCUGCGUGUGCUUGAUCGGAACACGGACAGAUGAUCGGACGGGGUGAUGGAUUUCGAUCAUUGCUGAACGUUGAUUCUUGUCGGUCGCCGAGCGGGGUAAUUUAUGAAUGGGGAACAGGAAAAUUCCUUCGCAAGAAAACCGGCCGGUCUCUGUCGAUCGAUCCGAAAUAUAAGUAUACGGGACACGUUCGGUUGGUGCGA